AGACAUUGGCGAAAAUGGCGUGAUGUGGAUCAUUGAGUCACACACGUAAGCUGCAUUAUCUGUCUUUUGUUUGGAAUGCCGUAGGUUGAAGUGGAGAUAAAUUAUUGAAAAUUGAUUGUAAUAUUUCAUAACGACACAGUAAUAAUAGUUUACGACAAGGCUGUGUGAUUCAUUCAGUAAAUAACACAUUUCCCUGAAGUUGCCUAAAAGGCUGUAAUGGGCUGUAAAGCCUGAAUUUCAUUUCAAGAUUGGUGAAAUACUGAAAUGAUACAACAAAUAAAUUGAGUUUUUAAAUUGAUUUGACGAGUUGGUGCAGUAACUCAGGAUCUGUCCAGUAUUUGGUCAAUUUUGCAGAUGACUGCAAUUCGCAAAGAUGGACCUUAUUCAUGGUUUUAUCUGGCAAUAACUCUUGUUGCUUCAUUUUUCUUUAUUGGUCUUACAGAUUCAAUUGGGAUUUUGGUUGCUGUAUUUAUUGAACGUUUGAAUGAAACAAAUGCCAAAGGAGGAUGGAUUGGAUCAAUGAUUUAUUUUCUAGCUAUGGGAUUAUCUCCUUUGGUAGUUUAUGUCCACGAACGCAUUUCAUUUCGUUGGUGCAUGUUCAUUGCAAGCUUGUUGUUUUGUUUCUCUAUGUCUAUUACGCCAUUCCUAAACAAUUUUUAUCUUGUCCUUUUUGGUUUUUCUGUUCCUUUUGGUUUGUCUAUAAGUUUUGUGUCAACUUUAUCUGUUGUCACUCAGCGAGAAUAUUUCAACAAACACUUUGGUCUGGCUGUUGGUCUGCGGUACACUGCCAAUGCUGUUGGUACAAUUGUGUUGUCAUUUAUUUUGCCAAUAAUUCUUUCAGAUCUUGGAUAUAAGAUGACAUUUCUCUCUCUAUUAAUCUUUUCUCCCGUUCCAAUUGUUUUUGGUAUGGUUGCUCGUCAUCAAACAAGAUCUUCUUCUGACAAAAACAUCAGGGCAUCAGUUUUCAGUCUUUGGAGAGAGUUUCUCCAAGACAAGUCUUUUGCAUUGAAUUUGAUGGCAGUAGCGAUUUACUUUCUAAUUUGUUUUGUUCCACUGAUUUACAUGGUUCGUUACGGUGUAACGUUAGGUUAUUCAUUAUCGAAAGCAAAAUGGCUGCUAAUAGUUAGAGGAAUAUCAACUGUGAUAGCGCGAUUUAUAUCUGGACGUGUUGGUGACAUUGCUUUGAAACAUGGUAAAGUCAAGCUUAUCAUGGAAGUUGUUGUAACAUCCUUUGGUCUGUUGAACUUUGCUUGCUCUUUUAUUCGUUCUUUUUACUUGUUGAUUGGCUAUAUGGUAUUAAUUGGUAUUGUCGAGGGAAUCUGCUGGGUCUCAUUGAGUCUUUUUGUUGUUGAAAUUACCGGAGGUUAUCAUUAUAAUGAAGCAUUCUCAUUCCUAUGCCUUGCUGGUGCAGUAUUUACACUUGCCGGAACUCCUUUUUUAGGAUGGAUAUUUGACGUAACAAAUAACUUCAAUUACGUAUUUUAUUCUGCAAGCGUGAUCUGUUUACUUUCGUUUCUACUAAUGGUGGCUAGCUCUAAGGUACAUGUUGAAAAUGAACUAUCAUUGCGUCAAAAAGGUCAACUUGAAAAACAAAACAUGUUGCAUUUGGAUUGUGAAAACGUUGAUGUUUUAGAUGAAAAUCCUGUAAAAUUAGGGGCGAAACCUAUGUAUGAAACAACAGUAUGACAUUGGUAGCAGAUUAACUCAAAGGAGUACAUUGUUUUUUUAAAAUUAAAAUUAUCGUUGGUGAUAA